AUGGCAAAGUUUAUUUCAAUUUUAUUAAUUCUUUGUUUAUUCACAAGUUAUUCAUUAAGCUUUAAAACUUGUAUCAAUUCAACAUAUUGUCAAGUUAUUAACAACCCAUACAAGUACAUCCAAUCAGAACAAUUAAACUCUAUCCCAGCAUCCACCCAAGCUCUUAUUACAAAAGUCAAAAAUCAUUAUUGCCAAGCUUCAGUAAUGGAUUCUGAAUGUAGAAUGACCCCAAGUGAUUGUUCAGGUUUAAAUAAAGAAUGCAAAACCUAUAUUGGUACACCAACCUGGAAGAAAAUGCCUCCAGCCGGUUUACAACUUUUAAAAGGUUUAUUCAAACAUUGUGACUCUAAAUUAAUGGAUUGUCCAAUUUAA